AUGAAAAGUUGUGGUAAAUCUUUUUACACACAUUUGACACUACUAUUCGCUGCUGUAUGCGCCUGCGCGUCAUCACAACAAGGGCCAACCACGACUCCUGUUCCUAUCUUAAAGCAGAUAAACAGGCAGAAUGAUGAUGGCUCCUACAGCUUUGGUUAUGAAGCAGCAGAUGGGUCUUUCAAGAUUGAAACGAAGUACCCGAAUGGAGAUGUUGCAGGGAAAUAUGGAUAUGUGGAUGAAACCGGCAAAACUAGAGAAGUGUCAUAUGGAGCUAGCAGUCAGAGAGGAUUUGAACCAGAAGGCACGGGCAUAAUGGUUCCACCACCAACACUUAACGAUCCGUCAAGCCACAACGCCUUAACCGACGGCCAAGAAGACGAUGGCCAGUACCGUGAGGACCCAAAAAUAUACGAAGACCCCAAAUACAACGGCCGAACACAAAACCGACCAGCUUCCUUCAGGCAAUACCAGAAAUCAGUAGAGCAACCGCAACCACAGACUUACCAACAGCCACAGACAUACCAACAGCCACAGACUUACCAACAGCCACAGACUUACCAACAGCCACAAACUUACCAACAACAGCAGGACUUUCAACAGCCUCAGUACCAGCAACAGAAUUACCAACCCAACUUCCAGUUCCAAUCUGCACCUCAACGUUCAAACCUCUUCUCCCAGCAAACGAAGCUUGAUGUGCAGUCGCCGCAAACCUUUCCACAAAGCCAGGUCUAUCACCAGCAACCCCAAUUCUCCUAUCAGGCAUACACCCCACAACCUUACCAGAACUACCAAAGCCAGGACUUACAGAACCAGAACUUCAACCCAUUCUCCGGACAUCCAGCUCAAAACUUUGACCCCAGUACUGGGUCAUACUCUAUUAACUACACUGGUUAA